UCACAUUUCACAUAUUCAAAUAUUACAAUCACACACCUACCUUGGUAGUCUCGUCAAAUUGGCAUUUUUCAUUGCUUUGAACCUGUUUCAUCAACAGAAUUUUUUUUUUCUUUUCAUCAAAGAAUGACAAGAAUCUUCAUCUGGGCAUUCCUUAUUUCGAUCAUUCUCGUCAUUCCAAGGUCAAAUUCAGUUGAAGAUGAAGUGAAGAAAACUAUGGUUGAGUUCAUGGACAAGCUUACACCACAAAACAAUAUAUUACUAAGACUAGGCAACUGGGGAUGGAACUCGACUUCGGACCCUUGCAAAGACAAAUGGUUCGGUGUUGAAUGCGACGAUGGAUUCACCAGAGUGAGGAAAAUUGUUCUUGAAAAACUUAGUUUUAAUGGAACCUUUGACGCUUCUUCAUUAUGCUUAGUGACCUCCAUUACUGUCCUUAGUCUCCAGACCAACAACAUAACAGGAGACCUCCCACUGGAGAUUGGAGGCUGUAAAGCCCUGACUCAUUUAUACUUAGCCCGGAACAAAUUCUCCGGUGACCUACCCGACUCACUUUCUCAGCUAAGUAACCUUAAAAGGCUACAUAUCGAAGAUAACAACUUCCAUGGCGACCUCCCUAACCUUUCACGAAUCUCAGGCUUAGUAUCUUUUGUGGCUGAAAAUAACGAGCUUGGUGGGAAAAUCCCGGAUUUCGAUUUCACCAAUUUUGAUAAAUUCAAUAUCUCGAACAACAACUUCUCCGGCCAAAUCCCAGAUGUGAAAGGAAAAUUCAAAGCCGAGAGCUUUCUGGGAAAUCCUUAUUUGUGCGGCAUUCCAUUACCAGACCUCUGCCCACCUCCAUUAAAAUCAGAGAAACCCAAAAAAUCCUCAGCCAAAAAGAUUCUCAUCUAUUCGGGUUACUUGAUCAUGGGCUCAGUCAUUCUCGUCUUUCUUGUUUUCAUAUUCCUCAAGAGGAAAAAACCUCGAGAGGAAAACAUAGAAUCUUCUGAACUGAAAAAGAGAGCAGUAGAUAAGAGUAGCGCGAUGCCGAGUACCAUUGCGCGGUCGGAGUAUUCAUUGACGUCGUUCGAGAGCGGGAGGAUUCCGACGCUGGUAGUUCUGGGAAGCCCGACGAAGACACUUGGGUUGUCGUUUGAGGAGUUGCUUAAGGCUCCGGCGGAGCUUUUGGGGAGAGGAAAGCAUGGGAGCUUGUACAAAGUGAGAGUGGAAAAUGGGGUUACGUUGGCGGUGAAGAGGAUCAAGAAUUGGGAGAUUUCGUUCGAAGAGUUUGAUCGGAGAAUGAGGAAGCUGGACCAGGUGAAGCACCGGCAUGUGUUGCCGCCGGUUGCGUUUUAUUGCUCCGAACAGGAGAAGCUCUUGGUUUAUGACUUUCAGCCUAACGGCAGUCUCUUCCAACUUCUGCAUGGUUCAUCUGAUAGAGAUGGGCAAGUAUUUGACUGGGAAAGUAGACUAAGUGUUGCAGCUAGUAUUUCCGAGGCAUUAGCCUUCAUGCACGAGGAGCUUCAUCAAGAUCGGGUUGGCCAUGGCAACUUAAAGUCCAUGAACAUUCUUUUCAACCAAACUAUGGACCCUUGCAUUAGUGAAUAUGGUCUCAUGGUGGUUGAAAAUCAACACAAUUUAUUGCUAGCAACUUAUGAAGAAGAUUUGGAUCAAAUCCAACCACCUUCUCACACCACCUUCAAGGGUGAUAUCUACGGUUUUGGUGUGAUUCUUCUUGAGCUCUUAACAGGGAGGUUAGUUCAGAAAAAUGGGUUUGAUUUGCCUAAUUGGGUUCAAUCAGUGGUUAAAGAGGAAUGGACUGUUGAAGUAUUUGACAAGGCCUUGAUCUCGGAAGGUGCUAGUGAAGAGAGAAUGGUUAACUUGUUGCUUGUUGCUUUGAAGUGCAUAAAUCCCUCUCCAAAUCAAAGACCUACUAUGAGUCAAGUUUCAAUGAUGAUAAAUGGUAUUAAAGAUGAGGAAAAGAAAUCUAUAUCAUUUGCAUUAUGAGCUAUAUCUAAACUAAUUCUUUCUCAUUUACAUUGGUUACAUAUAGUUAAUUUUAAUUUGUGUUAUGCUUUGAGGUAUCAUAGAUAACACUUUUGAUCUAAAUACAGGCAAUGGGAAAAAAGUUGAAAAUGUUAAAGAGAUAUAUAUAUAUUUUUU